CCUUAACGUGGGAGCGCGACUUCGUCAAAACAAGAAGUGAUAGUUCCGCCAUGCGGAUGCUCGUCGACCAGCCACUCGAGCGCUAAAACUUUAUUACAAAAAAACACGUGACAGACAAUCCUCUUGUCAGAGUCUCUGCAUAACUAAAUAAAUAGAAUUGUUCUUCAAGGUUAUCUUGAACCUCAAUCAUCCAUCCAAAUGGCCGAACUUUUUGGUUGUAACAUCAUGGAUGCAUCUACAUUGGCUGAAAAUCUAACUUGGUCUCAAUCAGCGCUUACGAUUCGGGAAUUUCUUGAUGAGUUCGGUAUUCCGAAUGUGGUUCGCUUGCGGAAUAGCCAAGAUGAUUAUGGCCAUAGCAGUUCCUCUAAAGAGGUACUCUUGCUAAAUAAGCGCUUUACGAAACAAUAUUUCACCAGCAAGGACUCAAACGGUAAAUCGAUUUUAAUUCCUCAAGAUUGUCAAAAGAUGUUACUUCUUCGUCCAUUACCAGAGCAGUGUCAGUAUGACGAACUGUUGGUAGAGCAGUUACCAUACGUGUUUCCGCAAGUGAAAUAUCUUCGAGUUUUAAAUACUGGAGCUGGAGGAUCCGUUUCCCCGUGUUUAAAACCAGAAUCCAUCGUUGAAAUGGAAUUCGUGGAUGCCGGAAAAUCGUUGGUAAAAUUCAAGGACAUCGAUAAACCGUUAAUGUUUGGCUCAUGCUUGGCUUUUCAACCUCUGUUGGAUUUCAGAGAAUAUCUCAUUGAAGAUGCCGUGAGCAAAUUUGGCUUGCCUUUAGCGGUGUAUUUUACAAAGCGAGCGCAAAAUUCCAACAUAUCUGCUCAGAUUUCACUAGAAAAUUCAAAUUCAGACGAUGAAAAGGUAAUCAUUGUCAAUCAUGAGAUUCAACAAGAGUUUGUUGUAGGAAUGAAAAUGAACGAUGAUGCUUUGAAUCUAUCGAGAGACAACGUAAAUUGUCGAUUGAUACCUUUGGACACCGAUAUCAAAGUAUUCCCUCCAUCGGAGUGCGUCGAUAAUGACUCGAUAUACGUCGUGAAUAUCAGAACUAUGAACAAAACUUUUUUAGAUAGAUAUGACUUUUCUGGUUUCGAUGCGUCUGAUGAGUUCGUUGUUGUGGGAAACGAAGCAACGAAAGAACUUCUUAACUACGUAGUGAAUGCUAAACACCAGAACAAAACCAAACCAAAGCUUCCAGUCAAGAAUACAUCACUCCUUCACUACAAAAGAAACAAUCUGCAAAUGUGCAGGCUGCCGCGGGCACAUGCCAAAAUACCUGGUUUCUCACGUGACUACGAGAACGAUGGAAGUUAUGAGCGCACUGAGAACAGUUCAAAAUCGUGUAAGAAAACAGAGGGUUACUGUCUCCUAAAAUCUUCCCCAACAGAGAGAAAGGAAAUCCUUGAUUACAUGCAUUAUCAUGUUUACGAAAGCAUAAGCGAUAAAGAGUACGAGGAAAUCGAUGACGACGGCGAUGUAUUUAUGACUCCUGAGAAACCAAAAAAAAUCCAAGGUAAAAUUGGUAAGACCACGAAAAACGAUUGUUCAAGUUCAUCGAAAGGGAACAACGGAACAGUUAGAGACAAACACAAAUCUAAUGGAAGAAAAGAUGCUAUUAAAACGAAGACUAAUAAGAAAGUGGAUUCUAGAAUUUCUUUCUUCAAUGGAACCGUUGACCAACAUAAAUUGAACAAGAAAGACAAAACUCGAAAUGGUGGAAAAAAUCCUCCGUUGUCGAAAGCAGAUCAAGCAAGGUCAAACAAACAUCCUACAUUGCAGAAACCUUCCAUUUCUUCACCAGAAAAUCCCCCCGUUAGUCCUAAACCUACACUACGUGCUGUAAAAUCUACUCCCGUCACGUCAAAAUCGGAUGGUGACGAAAGGAAAACAUCUGUAAUUGCUAACUAUUCGAAAGCAAAUCACUCGCAAAAAUAUCGACAACAAGACCACAUUGUAAAAACGCCAAAGUUGCAAAAGCACAAUGCCAGAUUACAUUCAGAAGAAAAUGAAACUCGCGUCACGAAGAACGACAGCAUUGGUGUUACAAAUCAUGAACGAACCAAUCAAAAGGUUAGCCCCAGUUCUUCCGACGAAGAGUACGAAUUUCCAUUGCUGUAUGUAACAACAGACGUCUCUCCAACUGACUUAGAAGAUCCAUUAGCGGACGAAGUGAAUAAUAAAGGUACAUCUGAAAGAACUUCAGGGAGAGAUAUUACUUCAUCAGAUACUUCAACAGUUGUGAGGAAUGCUACCGGAGCUCUGCCAGCAGACAAAGACGAAGGAGAAAAGGCUAAAGACGCGUCUAAGACAAGGAAUCACCGUCAAACUUUAACCAAUCGAUUGCCUAGUUCCAGACCCACAUUUAAUGACGAGUUAAUGCGUGAACUUUCAAAAGUUUCUUUAAAUAAAGCUACAGCAGCUGCCCAAAGCUCACUCGCAGAAUCAAAAGAUGAUGAAAAUGACUACGAGAACAUCGAUUCGAAAACAGCCAAUCAGCUCGCUAGUCUGAAUCCCACCACAAACAUAACUAUACUUACCGUUAAAUCUGAAACGGAUUCUUUAAUUUCCACCAAUCACAAAUCUCCGCGAGGAAAUUCGAAUGUUGCCAAUACCAUUUCUAGGAAAACGACAUCUAAAAGCCUCGAAGAAACUUUUAAGAAGCCAUCCACUCAGCUUGCUAGUUCCAGUACUUUGGACAACAAAGAUCCGCGUCACAAUUCGAUUCCUGACGCUCCACGCGGUUCACUUACAAAAUCGAAAGAUGAUUGUAAUGACUAUGAAAACGUAGAUUCCAAAAAAGCCAAUCAGCUCGCUAGUCUCAGACCAACCAAAAAUAAAAGUACCGUUACCGUUAGACCAGGAGUUGAUCCUUCAAUUUCCACCAACGACAAAUCUGCUGAAGAUAAUUCAAAUGUAGCAAACAUUGCAUCUACAAAAGCAAUAUCAAAAGCCCCGAUGAAACUUUCCCGAAACCACCCAAUCAACUUGCUAGUUCCAGUACUAACGAUGAUGCACGUCACGAUUCGAUUCCAAAAGAUCUAGCAUCGCUAAGCGUGCAAGGCCUUGGCCAACUUUUAAAUGCUUUAAACAUGUCUUGUUACGUUGAAACAUUUCGUCACGAGCAAAUCGAUGGUGAGAUUUUAAAAGACCUAGAUACGACAACAUUGAUGUCCUUAAACAUGACUCCUUUUCAUGCUUUAAAAUUGUUGAAGGUCGUCAAAGGUUGGCGUCCUAAUUUUUAAGAUAAAUCGUAAACAUCGAAUUAAAUUUCUCGUUAUAUUUAAUUUGGAGACUUUUUGACCGCGAGAUUGACCUUUGCGUUACGUAACAAUCGUGUUGUUUUGUCUAUGUGACAUUUAAUGUUUGCAAAACAAUAUCUCCUAAAAACUGUUUUAUUUUUCAUAGCAAGCAAAAGUAUACUAUAUUUUGUAUAUUUCAGCAGAAUUCUCACUGUUUUCCAGUCCUCUGCAUCGUCCUCAUUUCGGCUUUAUUUACUAUUUAGCAUUAUUCAUUCUUUAUUACCCAUUUUUGACGGCUAACGAAUCGACUACUUAGUAAUGUAUAAAAUGACGACCUGUAAUCCGAACUUUUCCUAGUCUCUGUUCAAUAAACAUAAUAUGGAUCUUAUAGAUUUUAGAGAAAGGUAAAAA